AUGGGCGUGCGCACGUUGCAGCGGGAGGUGUGCGAGCGGGUGGUGCUCGCGCGGCACGGGGUGCUGGGCGUGCGGCUCAUGAAGCUCCUCCUGCGGGACCACCUGCUGGAGGACCGCACGCUGGCCGAGGCCGCCAUCGCCCCCCAGCCGCGAACCCGCGAGACCCUCCACGCGAUGCUGCGGGAUGGGUUUGUGUUUAUCCAGGAAGCCCCAAGGGGGGCCCCGCUGUCGGAGCAGCGGCUGGUGAAAAACUCGAUUUUCUUGUGGGGAAGCCACUUGGAGCAGGCAAUCCUGCCGAACGUGCGGGAGCAAAUCGCUAGUGUGCUCCACCACGCCCUCGUGAACCUCCACGAGGUCGCCGGCGAGGCGACGAAGCCCCAUGCGUUUGGGAAUCACAACGAAGGGACUAGUUCAAUGUUAGGAGGGCAUUCAAUGCUGCACGUUCUCAAAGGGGAACCUCCAACGGCGGGGCCACCAACAAGUUAUUCUAAUAAUGAUUCCACUUCAAAUAGAGAGGGAAAGGUAAGCGAAGAGACCGUGCGGCAAGUGGUCCAAGCACAGCGUUCGAUUAUAGGGAUGGAAAGCUGCGCGGCGUCGUUGAUGCGGCUUCUCCUUCUUGCCGAUUACUACUGA